CUAGAAUUCUAAACGCCGAGCAUCGUUCGCUCGAAACGUAAAUUCCAUUCGUCGGGGGACGAGAGUGUCCGUUUUAUCGACUUUGUCGCGGGGGACAGGAUCUCUCGACGGAUCGUCCUCGGGUUCGUCGUGAGAGGGCCGGGUGUUUGUGCACACUGGGUGACAGAACGCGUGGCUGCUGUCCAAUAGUGUCCUUUCUACGAUCAACGUCUCGUAUGCUUUGCAACAGCUUCGUGUCUCGAUUUUCGGAAGAUCGGUGCGAGAGGAACCGUUUUCGUUUCGCUCGCGCCGCGCUAUUUCCGGUGUUUAUGCCUUUCGGCGAAAUUUUUGCGCGCGCGAAGGCCCAAGGGUGGGGAAACCGUCGGUCUCAAAAAGCAGUGAUUCCCCGUUAGAAAAUGUAUCGUUCGGUCGCGAAGUGAUCGGGCUUGAGUUUCGCGAAGAGUGGACGUUGUGACUUUCUUCUCGGCGUAACUUCCCACACAGUUCACCUGGCCGUAGAUUCCACGGAGAUGACGACCAGACACGCGGAACGGGCUGCUGUUCGUGGCCGGCAACGAGUUGUUUGGAGUUCUCCUGGCGUACAGAGCGGCGAACAAGGAAAUUCGUUUAACCGAACGAAGCGCGAGGGAGUUACCCUGUACAACAUGAGAUUUCUCAAGAAGCUUACCGCGCUGCUGGUAAUUUGUCUUUCGGCCACAUGCACCGGCGCCAACAACGUGAACGAGCCACCGAUCCUGGAGGCUGGGGGAUAUCCCGCGGGUCUGCCGCUAUUAGAAUCAACCAAAGUCGGUACGGAAGUGUUCGUCCUCAAGGGCCACGAUCCUGAAAGAUCGCCUGUAAAAUAUGGCAUACAACUCACGGACCAUUUCGUCGUAAAUCCACGCACCGGGGUCAUCACGUUGGCGAAACCACUAAAUCGCGAGGAGAAUGACACGAUACGUUUUCGUGUUACGUUAGAAGACGAAGUACCAUUGGGCCAACAACCGAACAUCGUCGGUGUCGAUGCAUUCGUAAUCGUCCUCGACGAGAACGACAAUCCUCCGCACUUUCUGGGCGUACCGUACGAAGCCGUGGCCGAGGAGGACCUCCCAGUUGGCUCGACGAUCCUUCCUGGUAUCAGAGUAAUGGACCCAGACCUAUUGGGCGACAUCAUAGAUCUAUCCUGCGUUCCCCAGCCACAGUUCCUCGACGCCUGCGAAAAGUUCGGGAUAUUUAACGUGGAGAAAGGCCAGAACGCGUAUGUGGGUGCUCUGGUACUGCGACAGCCACUCGACUACAGGGAAAGACCCUUUUACCAAUUACUGCUCAGGGCGAGCGACGGACUGAACAACGAAACCACGGGGGUAGAAAUCAAGGUGGCGGAUAUUCAAAACAGCCCUCCGGAGUUUCUGGACUCGCUAACGGGUGUGGUGCAAGAAGACGAUCCUAUUGGAACCCUGGUUAUGACCAUCAAAGCCAGAGACGGCGACAGGGGGAUGCCAAGGAAAAUGAUCUACGAAUUAGUAACCAACCCGUUCGAUUAUUUUCUACUGGAUGACGAAACGGGCGAACUUAGGACAGCGAAGCCAUUGAAUAGGGAAGCGUUAAAGGAUUCGACCGGGGUGCUCACGCUGACUGUAAAAGCACGAGAAUUGAUCGAUGGGAUGCCAGGUAGCGACGAUUUGACAGUAUCCACUGCAGAAGCAACAGUGACGAUAAAGGAUGUCAACGACGAACCUCCUACUUUCAAUCGUCGCGAAUAUAAAAUUGAAAUUCCUGAGAACGUGCCAAACGGAACGCCCCUGCCAUAUUUGGACAUGACUGUCAAAGAUCCUGACGUCGGUUUAAACUCCGUAUUUUCCUUGCGUUUGGAAGACAUUACGGAUGGCGCAUUUAUUAUCGAGCCGACCAUGGCAACUGGCAGCACUUCCGUGAACAUUCGUGUUGCAAAUGGUUCGCUCGAUUAUGAAAAUCCUAACCAGCGGAAAUUCAUCAUCCUGGUAGUGGCGGAGGAGGUUCACACAAAUCCCAAGCUUACCUCUACUGCAACCGUAACUGUCGCCAUUACGGAUGCAAAUGAUAAUCCACCUUCUUUCAGUAGACCCGCUUAUACAGCCGAGGUGCUGGAAACUGCCCCACCAGGCACGCCAAUUAUAUCGAUCACUGCCAAAGAUCGUGAUAGUGGACGAUUCGGUACAGCUGGAAUAGCUUAUCAGUUACUCGGACAAGGCGCUCAGCACUUUUCUGUGGAUAAGAAAACUGGAACAAUUACAGUGGCACCUUGCUCAACUCCUGGUAUAUCACCUUGCUUAGACUAUGAAGAACAGACAGAAUAUUUCCUCACUUAUAAGGCGACUGACAAUGACGGACAGGGACAAACAACAAGCGUUUCAUUGCGUAUCAGCUUAUCAGAUGCUAAUGACAGUCCUCCACGAUUUUUGCAAGAUAAAUAUCGCGCCGUUAUAGACGAAGGCGCUAAGAAAUUUGAACCCGAGUUGAAAGUACAGGCCAGAGACAAAGAUAAAACGUCGAAAAUCACGUACGCAAUAGUGGACGGUAAUGGAAUAGGAUUUUUCGCUAUAGACCAAGAUUCUGGUGAAAUCAUAGUAACGAAUAAAGGCCCGGUCGAUUUAACGAACUCUACUCGCGACUGGAUAGCGCUGGUUAUACAAGCGAACGAUGGAAUAUUCGUCGAUUCUGCUAUCGUGAAUAUUACAAUUCGCGAUGUCAAUAAUAACGUACCGAUCUUCCCCAACGAUUUAUACACUGCUAGCAUACCAGAAAUAUCGCCGAUCGGAACGGUCGUGGAGGAAAUCACAGCGACCGAUGCUGACACAGGAAUUAACGCAGAACUUAUUUAUAGAAUACAGAAAGGAGCUUUCGAUGACUUCACCAUCAACGAAACGACAGGAAUAAUAACAGUAUUCAGGAAAUUAGACUAUGAUAAUAAAAACACCUAUCACGUGGAAGUGAUAGCGCUUGACAAAGGAACUCCCAGUCUAACUGGAACGACGACUUUAAUGAUAAGCGUUGAAAACAGCAACGACAAGGCUCCUUACUUUACACCGGAGACUCAGCGAGCAGAAGUCACGGAGGACACGCCGAUCGGUACCGUCUUCACAUCUCUAAAAGCUACGGAUCCGGACAGUACUAACUUGGGGGCAUUAAAUUUUGCCAUUUCCGAGCCGAUCACGGCGAUCGAUAGAAACGGUCAAAGGGUUAACGACAGCAAAUCCUUCAAGGACUUCUUCGCUGUCGAUCGUGCAACCGGUCAAGUUUCUGUAGUUAGGCCAUUAAAUCGUGACAGCGCAGCGACUGUCAGCAUCACCGUCGUUGUCAGCGACACAACGGCACCCACGCUUCAGCAAGGAAGAGGGACUCUAGUAGUUACGAUUAUUGAUGUGAAUCACAUGGCGCCGGAAUUCUUGAAGCCAUGGACAAGAGAAAAUCCACGAUAUUUGAUAGAAAUGCAGGAAGAACAACCCACAGGUGCCGUUGUGGGGGCGUUCACAGCAGUGGACACGGAUAGCAACAUAGCGGGAUACGCAAUUGAACCUCCAAGUCCUUAUUUCAACAUAGACAAUGUUACAGGUAUCGUACGAACCAGUCAGGAUAUCGAUUACGAAGAAACAAAACAAUUGGAGUUCACGGUAGUCGCUUAUGAUUCUGGCGUCCCUCAAUUAUCCGCCGCUGCGAAAGUAACUGUUACCGUGAUAAACGUUAACGAUCAGGAUCCUAAAUUCGAGAAAGAGUUGUACAAUACUUUUGUGAAAGAAAAUUCGCCUCCAGGGACGCAUGUUACCGUGGUAAAAGCAGUCGACGGAGACGAAGGCCUGUUUGGGGAAAUUAGUUACAGUCUUAUCGGUGAUCAUGCCGCUGACUUUAAUAUCGGUCACGAGACCGGUGAAAUUACUGUUGGCGGAGCGACCGUCCUUGACAGAGAAAUGACACCAGAGAUUACUAUAACGGUAAUGGCCAGUGAUGGGGCCCAUAUAAAUUCUCGUCGAAGUACGACCGUUCCAGUACUUGUUAAACUUAUCGACGUUAAUGACAAUCGACCAAUAUUUACACAACACAGUUACAGAGCCUCGGUUGCUGAAAAUUUACCCGUAAAUCCACCUGCGCCAAUUUUGCAGGUAAGAGCCGUAGACCAUGAUGAAGGAACUAAUGGAGAAGUUUGGUAUCAGAUUAUUUAUGGAAAUGAAAAUGAAUCGUUUUCUUUGAACCGCGAAACGGGAAUUUUGUAUCCUGGCGCAGCGCUUCUUGGCAGAGCUGGCUCUUACAGGAUCAAAGUGGAAGCUAGAGACGGUGCUGGUGCAGGACCACACUCGGAUAGGUGCUAUGUCGAUAUACGAGUAACGCCAGUCAAUCAGCACAAACCUCAGUUUGUUAUACCCGAAUUAACAAACGCCACCGUCGAAGUUCCCGAAAACGCAGGUGUCCCAAAUUAUCUGAUAUUGACGGUAAAAGCAAUCGACAGAGAUUCCGGUGAAAAUGGACGCGUCAGUUAUUAUCUGAAAGUUGGGAAUCGAAACAUUCAAGAGACCGAAGAAUUUUCAAUAAAUAAGGAAACGGGCGAAUUAAAAUCAAAAAUUAUUUUGGAUCGUGAGGCAAAAAGUAAAUUCGAGCUCGUACUGGUAGCUACCGAUCAUGGCACCCCUACGGCCUACGAGACUUUACGACUCCUUACUGUGCAAUUAGUAGAUACCAACGACAAUUUACCACAAUUUUACGACGAAUACCAUUUUCACUUGUCAGAAAAUCGCCCGAAAGAUUAUUCCGUGGGAAAAGUGACCGCAGAGGAUAAAGACGAAGGGAGACACGCAAAAGUUUACUACUAUAUAGAAGCUGGAAACGAAGACUACGCUUUUUACAUGGACAAAUCCGAUGGCAGUAUUUAUGCGAAUAAAUCGUUCGACCGAGAGAUACGUGAUAAAUACGUUCUAUCGAUUCUAGCUUCCAACGAUCCUGAUAUUUAUAUAAAUCCUAUAGACGCGAGUCGUCCAUUGACGCAAAACGCAGGCCACGGACACGUGAAUGUAACCAUAACUAUUCUAGAUGACAAUGACAAUCCACCCAUUUUCGAACGUAACGACUAUUACGCUGGCGUAAAUUCAAUGGCAAAUGUGAACGAUUUUGUAACGAAAGUGACAGCGUCGGAUUUAGACGUGGGCGAGAAUGGUACUCUUCAUUAUUACGUUGUAAGUGCGAAUCUCUACAAGUAUGGAUCGGAGAAACCUAGCGGCUCCAUAGUUCCGAGUCCUUUUAACGUGACUCAAGAUGGUAAACUUGUCACGAGCGGAUAUAUGGCCGAAUAUAAUCAAGACAGAUUCAUCGUCGAAGUUAUAGCGAAAGAAACUGCCAUUCCAGAGAAAUAUGCCAUAACCAGGGUACACGUUUGGGUAUUCGAACCUUCGCAAUUAAUCAGAGUCAUCCUGUCGCGACCACCGGAAGAAGUGAAUCGCGAACGAGAUGAAAUUGUGUCGGAAUUGUCGAACGCAACGCAAAACAGAGUCGUUGUCGAUGACAUCCGGUAUCACGUCGAUGCAUCGGGUCAUAUUCGUAGAGAAUGGUGCGAUAUGUACUUACACGUCGUGGAACCAAAGGCUCAGACCAUCGCCCCUGUACCACAAGUACUUAAAGUCAUCGAUGCAAAGUACGAUUUCUUGAAAGAUUAUUACGCAGGUUUUGCUAUCGAGAAUGUUGUGCCUGCUUAUGCUGGAGUACAGGAGGAACCUUUUGAUCCUGCACUAGCAGCUUUGAUAGCAUUAUUGGUAGUUCUAUUGGUCGGUGCAGUCACAGUAACAGUAGUUUGUUGUUGUUUGCGUCAUUGGGUGAUCACUGUUCCAAACGAUAUACGAAAGAAAGACGGCCUAAUAAAGAAACAAAUCAUCGACGAGCUAAAUACCACAGAGAAUCCUUUAUGGAUCGAACAAAAACUCAAACUAUAUGAGGAACAAGAGUUAACGAUGCAAGUGUUCAGCGAACCAGAGGGUGGCCUAGGUACAGAAAGACGAGGAAGUGGUGUCAGCGUUGGUAUGGGCGAUACGUCUCAAGAUAACACUUAUGCUACCAUACAACGUCCACUGCCUACAAACAGGCACCGUCCAACCACGCCAGAUUACACAACGCUACCAGGAAAUCAUAAUCUUUACGAAUCAGCCAUGGGUUUCCAAGGAUCAACCUUCCAGCCAUCCUCGAACGUAAUGCCACAACUUACACUUGAUCACGAUGGGCAACCCCAGUUUGUUUCAGGGCUAGUAUAAAUUAAGUUUCGCGCCAAAACUUCUUUUUCCAAUCAAUGUAUAACUUCAUCGCCGUACGUUGUACCUCUUUAUUCAUAGCUCUAAUUGUUGCACGCGCCUUCGAGGAGAGAAAAAGAAAAACCACUCGCAUGCACACACCUUUUCGACAAUAAUCCGAUGAUAUCGUUAGGUUUUUUCUGCGAAUAGACGCGUGUAUAAGCGGAGCGUGAAGUAUACCGAAUUAUGCAGGAAAAUUCUACCCUAACUGUGUACCUUUUACUACUUCCAUUCGAGCUCUUCUGCGACAGCGGGGAAUAGAAAAUGAAGAGCGACGACGAAUGACAGUCAAUAUUACUGGAAUAAAUAUUUCCCUGUAGUUGGUGUGUGCAUGUAUAUAUGUGUGCGUUGCCAACCUGUGGUCCCCAAACUAAUCAUUAGAUUCAUUAUUAGAAAAAUCAAAAAAUGCUAGAUAAUAGACAUUGUGAAAUAGCUUAACAACCGAAGCUUGGCACGACAGAUAUAUGUAUAUAAGUGAAUGUGUAGAUUCCGUCCAACGCAAUUUUUUAUUAAUUACUUCCUUACUAGGUUAGUAUGUAUUUAUGUAACCUUACGUGCGUCUCCCGAGUAAGGAAAAAUAACGUACUUAUUAUGUCGUUAAUUUCUACAUGAACAAAUGGAUGUCGUGUUAUGGCAUUUGAUACAACAAAGUGUUGUAAGUAAGGAACGAGCUCAUAUUCAUAAAAAUAUUUCUAAGGAGAAAAUAUUCAAUCAAAAUAUCAACAUGCAUCAUAGGUUCACGUACAACUGUUCUUUACAACAGUGGUUCUUAACCGUAUUUUUUUUCCCAUGGACCUUUUAUACGCCAUGUUUCUUAAAUGUUAGUUAAAUCACUGUCUUAAAUUAUAACGCACAAAACGAAGAUUUCAAUACCAUCUUAGCGAUAUACUUCUAUCGAGAACUUGGAAAGAUUUAUUUCAGUCCAAUGACUAUCAUAAUAUCAAAGCAUUGAAACGAUUAAAGUGAUAUUGUUAGGUGUAAUGUAUGCAACGAAAAUAAAUGUUGAAAAUUUUCUAUAGGGGUCCACGGGCCACAGAUUAAGAAUCACUGUUUUUACAAUAUAUAUUAUAUUUAUUUAAGUUAGGGUUAAAUGACUGCUGUUUAUCCAAUUAAUCUGUGAUUUGAUUAUGCCCUGGUAUGUGUACGCGAUGAUCAACUUGCAUUUGAGAUUUCAUGUGAAUCAUUGGGCGGUGGACGGAUAUAGUCAUACAAUUGUAAGCUAGUUAAAUGGAGCUGUUCGCAUAAAAUUUCAAUGUUAUGUGAGAAAAUGAUCAUUCUACAUUAUUUGCAAGGCCAUAUCACUUCUUAUCACUUAAACCGUCCUCGGCAAAACGCGUGUACAUUGGGAUCUGAAAUAUUUACUGCGAAUAGCUCUAAUCAUACAGUAUAUCUUGUACUCGAAAAACAAUAACUUAACAAUGAUCAUGUUAUGUCUAUAAGCAUUUAAUGUAAAACUAAUAUCAGUAUCACAAUAUUAUUAGAUGGUUAUGAAUAUUACAGUUCGUAAAAAUAUCUGUUUAUCGGUUAUGAAUUUAUUGUAACAUAUUUUAUGUAAACCAUUGAUAAAAGAAAAAUAUCAUAU